GAUAUUUUUGAUGCAGCACCGACCAUGGAGGAGCAAAACCAGAGGACGGGGGGAGUCGAUGAACCCACUAUAGCCUUAUCGAGUGAAACUAACCAACCUCCUCCUUGGCCUGAAAGUGAGGAAAAUGCCAACAUGCAGAUACAGCCGAGUGAGAAUAUCCAAGGGAAUAUGGAUGUUGUCGGUUUAUCAACAGAAAGGGUCAGCGAUAUUGAAGGAGAAGGAACUGGAAGCAAUGAAGUAAUGGUGUUUGUUUGUGGGCAACCGGAUGACGCUGAUAUUGUAAUUCCAGCAUCAGGCGAGCCAAUUAAUACGGUUAAUCAGGCAGAUGUUGAGAUUCAUGAAAACCAGAUGGUGUAUGAGCCCAUUAGUAGUCCAGAGAGUAAUGAUGACAGGGAGAUUUCCACAGCAUCAGAGAACCACGACGGUGCGUCUUUACUGGACAUUCAGAACACUCGGGAGAUGGAAGGAGAUGUAUCAACUAGUAGAGACAACAGUUGUAGCCAACAACUGGGAAAAGAGGAAGACCUCCAGGAACAAAUGUGUGUCCCAGACAGCCAAGAUGUUGAAGUGGAAGCACAAACCGUCAGAGUGCCAGAGAGUUGUGUUCCUGCACAUUUGGAGGAGAGUAACAUGAAUGUGAAACAAGUCGCAGUGAUCAGCUCCAGCGAUGACAUCAGCAUGCCAGAUGGCCAGUCGGAAGAUGCUACACUACAAAGAGAAAGGAAUGGGUAUGCAGAUUGUGCCAGUGCCACAGAGGUUUCUGAACAGGUGCAGGAGGUGGCAGACGUCACAGUGACGACAACUACAGCCACCACUAAAGUGGAAAUACCAGAUAGUACAUCUGAGGAGUUUUUUAUCUUAGAACCAAUGCAAACGGGUGCAUUUCACUACGACAUUGUCACUCAAGCAGCGGCUGAAUCGGGUUUGUCGGACUCUCUUUCAGAGCAGGUGAAUGCAGACGGUCCUUUGGAAGGCGAUGUGGAGAAUGAAAGGAUUUUAAAUGGUUCCCAAAGAGCCGACUUCCUGCAGGCAGAAGUGCACCAAUGUCACCCAGCUGAUGAGAUCAAAGUGACCAAUUCAAGUGAGGUUGUAGAUCAGGAGAUGACAGACCAAAGUGUUGAAGUUCUUAAAAAUUCCGACCACAGCAGUCACCCGACCUCUGACUUGAUGGAUGUUAAUACCUCAGAGAUUGAUAUGGCAAACUGCCAUGCUCAAGUCACGAAUGAAGACUGCAAUUCACUGAUAAUAACAAACGCCGAUGCUGAUUUGGAUUUACAAGAAGUGCAGAUUCUACAGGAUAUAGAGAUCGGACGUGAGAUUGUAGUAGCAGAGGAAGAGAGUGAUGAAGAUAGUGACAUCAUAAUAAUAAAAAAACUCCAGAAAACACCUGAGGCAGACCCUCCUAAAAAGUCUGAGGAAAAAGCUAAAGAUGAUACAUGUGGGACCAGCUUGAAGCUAAAUGAAAAGACUAAAGAUGAUCAAAAGGAACAAGGGGCAGAAAAACCCAAGAAACAAGAAAUGAACACACAGGCCAGAACCAAAGCCCGCCUGGCAGCUCUGGCUGAGCAAAAGGCUGCGGCCUCGAAGAGAACUGCAAACAGACAGCAGCUGAACCUCUUAGCUUUGUGUCACGAAAUUGCAGAGGACAUUGCUACGGACAGCAUGCUGUUAAAGAGGAUAGAAGACGAAAAACUAGCAGCAGCAUCAGAAGCCGCAUCCAAGAGUGAAACGAGCAAGAAGGAAAGUCCACCUGUUAACAAGCAAGAGGCAGACACUGCUGUUGUUGCAACUCCUGCGGGACCAGAGGAGGGCUCUGCUUCAGUGGCCCCUGCUGAGGAGGCCCCUAAAGCCCGGCCCCCAACUGAGGUAAAGCCUGCUGCAGAGCCCGCCGCAAAGCCCACUCCAGAAACUCCAAAGAGGCGUUUCUUUGUCACGCAGAUUUCAGUGCCACUGAAAGCCCAUGAGAAGAAGAAGCUAACUAGAUAUCAGAGGCUAAGACAGGUUGAACUGCAGAGAGAGAAAAUGUCUUGGGCACGUGUGAAGAAGCUUAAGUCGGACCAAGCAAAUCAGAUGUUUUCAGACAUGGAUUGGCAAUCACCGAUGUCUGCAUCCUUUCCUUUCUCAGUUCCUCCUGUGGCCACAGCUCCUCCUCCACCUGCAGCCGCUCCAUCCGUAUCACCUCUCCCAAGCCCCGCCUCCAACAGCAAGCCUGCAACACCCAAGGUAGAAGUCCCUAAAGCUGACCCUCCCAAAGCUGAACCCAGUAAGAUUGAACCCACUAAAAUAGAAACACCCAAAACUGAACCCCCUGAACCUGAAGCUGAAGCCUCCAAAAAGGUGACUCCUAACGCUCAAAUUCGUAAAUCUACAAGGCAAACUAAGGCUCUGACUCCUAAAGAAACCCCUUCUCCGGGGCCCACCCCUAAAGUGACCCGAUCAGCAGGAAAGAGGACCCUCCCGGCAGUACCCCCACCCAUGCCUAAUGGAGUUAAAGCUCAAAAACAGAAGCCCGUUGAGUACAAGCCAUACAGGCCUAGGCCAAAGUAUUCCUUUGAUGAUUUUGAACUAGAUGACGACCCGUUACCAACAAAAAAGCCCGGUCUUCAGCCAAGGCCGACACGACCGGGUGUCCAGUCCAACCCUGCAGCGCAAUCUAGACCCACUCUUCAGUCGUUACAUCUUGCAAACCAGGCAAGACUCAGAGCUGGACUGAUCCCAGGUCAGUUGAGGCCAGCCGGUUCCACAAAUCCACCGCUAAAGCCUGCAGUUGCAACGCCACCCCAGUUAAAGACCUCAGCUACUGCCACAGCUACUGUCACAGCUACUGUCACAGCUUCUUUAAAACAUCCUUUAGUUAAAGCUCAGUUAAAGCCUCCUCUCAUGACGUCACCCGAGUCAAAGGCUGUUUCAGCUCCAGGUCAGUCCAGGCCCGCUGCCUCGCCUCAGUUGAAGCCUGCUGGUAGUGAGGGUGCAGCUCAGCUCAGGCAGACAGCAUCUCAGUCUGCAGGUUCAACAACAUCUGAGACAAAGCCAGCUGUUCCUAAGACCAACGUUGAUUCAACGUCCCAGAAAACCACACAGAAGCCGUCAGCAGAAGAUGGCAAAUGCAAGGGUACAGCUAAUCCCACCUCUUCCAUUCCCAGUAAAGAUGGCUCUAAAGUGUCUGACACACUGAAGUGUGAAGAAAAGCCUAAAGUGACUGGUGUGGAUCCAUCUCCUGAGAACAAGGCACAAACAGUCAAGACAGAAGAGAAGACAUCGGGAAAACCUCAAGAGCGAGCAGCGGAGACGAGGGAUGGCAGGACUCCUCUCUCUGACGCCUGCCUGCAAAAAGAAGUGAAGAAGCUCAAGGAGGCUGACAAAGACAGCACCCAGACCAUCAUUGAUGCAGGACAGAAGCAUUUUGGAGCGGUGGCCUGCAGCGUGUGUGGGAUGCUCUACUCUGCUGCCAACCCUGAAGAUGAAUCUCAGCAUCUACUCUUCCACAACCAGUUCAUCAGCGCUGUUAAAUAUGUGGGAUGGAAGAAAGAGAGGAUCCUGGCAGAGUAUCCUGAUGGCAAGAUCAUUCUGGUCCUGCCUGACGAUCCCAAAUAUGCUCUGAAGAAGGUGGAGGAGAUCAGGGAGAUGGUGGACAAUGACCUGGGCUUCCAGCAGGUGGAGACCAAGUGUCCCUCUGUGACCAAGACCUUCCUCUUCAUCUCCCAUGAUAGGAAAGUGUGUGGAUGCCUUAUAGCGGAGCACAUACAAGAGGGAUACAGGGUGAUCGAGGAGCAUGGACCGGAGGGCACAGAGGGAGAAAAGGUGAUGUUUGAGCGCCAGAGAGCGUGGUGCUGCUCCACGACACCGGAGCCAGCAAUCUGUGGUAUCAGUCGCAUCUGGGUGGUGAACAUGAUGAGACGCAAGGGCAUCGCCUCCCGCAUGCUGGAGUGCCUCAGGAACAACUUUGAUUACGGUUCGUACCUGAGCAAAGACGAGAUCGCUUUCUCCGACCCCACACCCGACGGGAAGCUCUUCGCCACACAUUAUUUUUCCACUUCUCAGUUUUUGGUUUAUAACUUUGUGAGUGGAACGCGCUCAUCCCAGCCAAAAACUGACGCAGUAUGACAGUCUCCAGGAAAAGGUGACAAUGGAUCGAACCGGGACGCAUCAUCGCUAAACAGCGUCUGAUCCAGAUUUACAAAAUGUAAAAAACAAACUGUAAAUAACUCCGUGAAGAGGACACACAUUGGUUUAAAUCUCAGGAUGAAAACAACAAGGUGUUGUUAAUCAUUUUUAUUAACUCGCCCUUUAAUCCCUCCCCGAAUGGUAUUUUGGAAAAUUAGAGUAUUUUCUUCAUACACUUUUAAGUAAACAAUUGGUUUUAUUAGAAGGAUAGAGUUUACAUGCAUGACCUGACAGCAAUAGAAAACAAAGAGCCUUUCAUUGAUGUUUUCCUUUGAAUUCCUGCGAGGUCAAACAGGUGCAUUUUAAAUGUUAUUUUAGAGUUUUGUCCAUAUUAAGUUGAAAUGAUUUUUAAUUGCAUAAUGUAGUGUACUUCAACGGAUUAUCAUAUCCAUCUCUUCACAGCUCAAAGUGAUGCUGCCGUCGUCUCAGAUUGGGUUUUAAGCAGCAGCGAUCAUGUUACUGGCGGAUUAAAUAUGUAUUUUUUCCACACAAGUCCCACUGAUUUCACUGUCAUGUUUUUAUUAUAACAUUUCAAACUGAUCAUCCUAAAGAGAUGUGGGUUGAAGCUGUAGCCAGGGCAUUAAUUGUGUUCUCUAAUUUCUUAGAUCACCUUGCCCGUUUAGUUUUCCGAGCUGAGCCAUAUACUGUACACCGUUUUUAGCAGGGCAUUGGAGCCUAAAACUGUAUGAGUGAUGUCCUUUUAAUUUCACCGAAGCUGUCUAUUGCUUUCUUUGUGCCUGAAUGAAUAAUGUGUCACUUACAUUUUUGUUUUUUUCCUAGCCAUACGUUAUGGCUUUUUAUUGCGUUAAUGUAGAGUAUCAUUCUCCUUUUACCUAAGUAAAAUCGAAUGAAAUGUAUAUCAAAUGAUCAUGUAGAGUUAUGCAUACUAUAACAACAUUAAUAAUGGAUGUGUUAAGGUUCAGCCUUUAUGAUUACCAACAGGAACAUUUGCUCGGUGAUCAACAUGAGGGGUUGUAUCUCUUCCUCUCUACACAGAUUUACAGUAUCAUUGUACUCCAUCCCUUCUUUUCUUUUUCCUACUUGUUAAAGCAAUUGCUUUUAGAAAAAUGUGUCGUGGAGAAAAAGAUAUUUGAUUUAUACGAAGCUGUAUGUAAAUAUUUAUUUAAAUAAUAAACGAUUUA